UUAAUUAAUUUAUUUUGUUCACGCAUGCUCAUUGCAGCUUCCCUCGUGUAGUCCCUUUCUUUUGGUUAACAAUAUGUCUACCCUGAGCAAAAAAAGGAAGUUUGUAGCUGAUGGUGUUUUUAAAGCUGAGUUAAACGCUUUCCUUUCCAAAGAGUUGGCCGAAGAUGGCUACAGUGGUGUGGAGGUCCGUGUGACGCCCACUAGAACAGAAAUUAUAAUUCUGGCCACGAGGACACAAAAUGUCUUGGGAGAGAAAGGACGUAGAAUACGUGAGCUGACGGCCGUCGUUCAGAAGAGGUUUAGCUUCCCUGAAGGAACCGUUGAAUUGUAUGCAGAGAAGGUUGCUGCUAGGGGGCUCUGUGCCAUAGCCCAGUGUGAGUCAUUGAGGUACAAACUGAUUGGAGGACUAGCCGUUAGGAGAGCUUGUUAUGGCGUGUUGAGGUUUAUAAUGGAGUCUGGAGCUAAAGGCUGUACUGUAAUAGUCUCUGGUAAGCUGAGGGGGCAGAGGGCAAAGAGUAUGAAGUUCACUGAUGGUCUCAUGAUUCAUGCUGGCAACCCAACCAGACACUACAUUGAUAAUGCAGUGACACACGUUCACCUCAGACAAGGUGUACUAGGUAUCAAAGUUCAGAUCAUGCUUCCCCACGACCCCACUGGUAAGAUGGGGCCUCGUAAGCCCCUCCCUGAUCAAGUCAGUGUGGCUGAGCCAAAAGAAGAGACCCAUUAUGCAGAGGCUUACUCGGAGCAGAAAGGAACAAAGCCUGAUUUUACAGCUGCGCCAUAACUAGUAGAGAGGAGGGAGUGGGUGUGGUUGAAGGCGUGUACUUUAUUCACGCACUAAUGAUAUUACAUAAUUGUUAAUCAAUUGAAUUAAUAAAUUAUUUGAUAUAAUUAAA